AUGACGCCCACCCACAGGAUCCACAUCUUCACGGAUGGCUCCAAGUCUGACAAAGGCAUUGGGUGCUCAAUCACCUACAACAAAAGGAAUUUAUACCAGGUGCAGUACAAGCUUGGCGAACACUGCACUGCUAACCAAGCAGAGUUGCUAGCCAUCUUCCAUGCCCUACAGUGGACUCUGAAAAACAUUCACCAUCACAACACAAAGAACGUCACCAUUCUCAGUGACAGCCGUGUUGCACUCCAGCAACUGAAAAAGCUGAACAGCAACUACCCAACGGUCUACCAAAGCAUCAACAUUAUAAUUCAUUUACGCCGUAUCAUCAACAUCAGGCUCCACUGGGUGGAAGGCCAUGCUGAUAAUGCUGGUAACAAGAGAGCAGACUUGCUGGCCCACACCACUCCAGAAAGGAUCACUCACUACUCUUUCAGUGCUAUUCCCCCUAAAUGGCUUCACAACCAAAUCAAAGAAUACUUCUGGAAACGUUGGCAAGACAGGUGGGACACUGGUACAACAGGUAGGCUCACGCACCAAUUUAUUCCUAGUGUGAAACAACGUCGCAGUUAUAAACACCUGAUUCCCUCCUUCUCAACUACACAGAUGUAUACAGGGCAUGGAAACUUUCAAAGUUACCUGAAAUGGUUUAUGAAUAAAACUGAUGGACUCUGCCCAUGA